CUACUGUUACCACCAACAAGACGAUCUAUAUAUGGAUGCUAUCUACAGAGGCAUUUUCACUCCUCCGGACUGACAGGAUAACAACGGUGAAACCACCAUGUCUGCCAUAGGAUAUAUCUACACCGUCAUUCUGGUUUUGUGCCUUGUGGAAUCUUCACAGACCGCUGCAUUGGACGGGGCGUGUACAGUUGAUGGAAAUUGCACCACCAAUGCGGUCUGCACUACUGGUCUUUGCAAGUGUAACACUGGGUUCGUAGCAAACACUGGAAACACGGAUUGCUUAGCUAAGGUUGCACUUGACGGAGAAUGCACAAUCGAUGCUCAGUGUACCAUUACAACAAACGCCGGCAAGUGUACAGGUUCAAAAUGUGCAUGUAGCACAGGCUAUGUCGCAAAUAGUGGUGCAACAGCAUGUCUAGCUACUGCUGCACUUGACGGAGCAUGCACAAUCGAUGCUCAGUGUACCAUUACAACAAACGCUGGAAAGUGUACAGCUACAAAAUGUGCAUGUAGCACAGGCUAUGUCGCAAAUAGUGGUACAACAGCAUGUCUAGCUACUGCUGCACUUGACGGAGCAUGCACAAUCGAUGCUCAAUGUACCAUUACACCAAACGCUGGAAAGUGUACAGCUUCAAAAUGUGCAUGUAGCACAGGCUAUGUCGCAAAUAGUGGUACAACAGCAUGUCUAGCUACUGCUGCACUUGACGGAGCAUGCACAAUCGAUGCUCAAUGUACCAUUACAACAAACGCUGGAAAGUGUACAGCUACAAAAUGUGCAUGUAGCACAGGCUAUGUCGCAAAUAGUGGUACAACAGCCUGUCUAGCUACUGCUGCACUUGACGGAGCAUGCACAAUCGAUGCUCAAUGUACCAUUACAACAAACGCUGGAAAGUGUACAGCUACAAAAUGUGCAUGUAGCACAGGAUAUAGCGCCAAUGCUGGUAAAACCACAUGCAUAGCUGAUGGUGCCUUAGGGGGAACAUGUCUUAAUGAUGCUGCAUGCACGGGUACUACAAAUGCUGUUUGCGCGGCCUCCAAGUGCACAUGUAAAGCCAACUACAUAGCAAACACAGCUGGAACUGCUUGUAUAGCUGACGGUGCCUUGGGGGGAACAUGUCUUAAUGAUAACGCUUGCACGGGUACGACACACGCUAAUGUAUGCACGGCCUCCAAGUGCAUGUGUAAAACCAACUAUUCAGCAAACACAGCGGGAACAGCUUGCAUAGCACCCGGUGCUCUUAAGGGAACCUGUUCUGCCAACACCGACUGUACCGGAACUGCUAACGCUGGCAACUGCACCACCUACAUGUGUGAAUGCAACGCCGGAUAUACCGCCAACACCGACGAGACGGCGUGUAGUUUAGGUAUGAUGAUCUUGGCUGCACCAUGGAUGCUGCUUAUGAUGGUCAUGACAACCUCACUGAGCAAGCUGUAGGCGGAACGCAUCAACACAGAACACAUGCUGCUAUUUAAACAGACAUUUGAUUUUAUUGGUAGUGAUAGAAGAUCCCAACCGUACACUUAACGUUAUUCAAUAUAAAUGUCAUCAUUACUUAAUAACGUUUUGCAUGUUUUAUUUAGUGAACAUACAAACGUAAUUGUGAUAUGAACCAUGAACAUUACGAAUGAAUUCAAAUGCUUAUAAUAGUACCUAUUGAAUGCGCAAUGUGUUAACAUAUUUAUGUAAUAUGGUCAUACUAGUAUGUUGACGCAUAUUAAUACUUAAUUAGUCCAUGAUGAUGUCGUUAUUGAAUCAGGAACUGUUCUUUCUAGGAAGAACAAGUAAAGGUUUUAUGACUGCAAUGAUUCAUGGACAUAUAACAACAAGAAACAACUAUAAGCUUCUACAUAUUUCGUAGUGAAAUACUAGUUGUGGCGUUCGUGUUUUAUCUGCGUGUUAUUAAAAUCAUGAAGUAAUGACAAAUGUCAUACUGAUGUACAUAUUUUAUAAUAAAGUUUGUGUAGUGAUA